UUUUGCGAUCUUGCACGUCCAUCAAAACAACCCAUCUCUCUCUCUCUCUCUCUCUCUCUCUCUCUCUCUCGCCUUCGAGAGUACUAGCAGUUAAGCACCCAAGCAACUUCGAUGGAUCAGUUGCCGAAAUGUGGAGCUAAUUAUACCCCUCUCACCCCUUUAACUUUCUUGAAUAGAGCCUCUAAGUUUUAUGCCGAUCGUACGUCUGUGAUAUAUGAGCGCACCCGCUUCACAUGGCGGCAAACCUACGAGCGUUGCUGCCGCCUUGCUUCCUCUCUUCGUGCCCUUAACAUACUCAAGAACAAUGUUGUAUCUGUGUUGGCUCCUAACAUUCCAGCCAUGUACGAGAUGCAUUUUGCAGUGCCUAUGGCUGGGGCUGUGCUCAACUCCAUCAAUACCCGGCUUGAUGCUAAAACCAUAGCCACCAUUCUCGGACACUCUGAAGCCAAGGUCUUCUUUGUGGACUGCCAAUUCGUGCCGCUGGCACGCGAGGCUCUCCGCUUACUCAUGGCUGAUUCUAAGCAUUCUCUGGGAGCCGAGUCGUCCAUCCCCUUGGUGAUUGUCAUCGAUGACAUUGACUCACCCACUGGCGUCCGGCUAGGCGAGUUAGAGUACGAGCAACUGGUCCAAAAGGGCAAUCCAAGGUACCUUCCCGGCGAGCUCGAGGAUGAGUGGGAUCCAAUUGCUCUGAAUUAUACGUCAGGAACAACAUCUGAACCUAAAGGAGUGGUGUACAGCCACAGAGGUGCCUACCUUAGCACGCUCAGCCUAGUUCUGGGAUGGGAAAUGGGAAGUGAGCCUGUCUACCUGUGGACACUUCCAAUGUUCCAUUGCAAUGGGUGGACCUUCACUUGGGGCAUUGCGGCACGCGGCGGCACCAACGUGUGCCUGCGCAACGCCACAGCUUCGGGCAUCUACCGUAGUAUUGCCAUGCACAAGGUUACACACAUGUGUUGCGCGCCCAUCAUUUUCAACACCCUCCUCCAGGCAGAACCGAAGGAGCAAGGCCAGCAGAUCAUCACCUCCCCUGUCCAAAUACUCACCGGAGGAGCACCCCCGCCGGCAGCUUUGCUUGAAAGAAUAGAGCCGCUCGGGUUCCACGUCACGCAUGCUUAUGGCCUGACGGAGGCAACCGGACCGGCCCUGGUGUGCGAGUGGCAGGAAAAAUGGAAUCAACUGCAGCGCGACGAUCAGGCCAAACUCAAGGCACGUCAAGGUAUUAGCAUACUGACGCUGGCCGAUGUGGACGUGAAGGAUUUGAAAACAAUGGCCAGUGUGCCCCACGAUGGGAAAACUUUGGGGGAGAUAGUCCUGCGAGGAAGCAGCAUCAUGAAGGGCUACUUCAAGGACCGAAAGGCCACGUUCAAAGCGUUCAAGGAUGGCUGGUUCUUAACAGGUGAUGUUGGGGUCGUACAUCCAGAUGGGUAUUUGGAAAUCAAGGACAGAUCCAAGGACGUAAUCAUAUCUGGAGGCGAAAACAUUAGCAGCGUAGAAGUGGAGUCGGCGCUAUAUAAGCACCCAAGGGUGCUGGAAGCCGCCGUGGUGGCAAUGCCGCACCCUCACUGGGGAGAGAGCCCUUGUGCGUUUGUUGCCCUCAAGAAGAAUUCGGCAGGCAGAACCGACGACGUGAGCGAGGCAGAGAUCAUCUCCUUUUGCAGGAAGAAUCUUCCCCAUUUCACGGUUCCAAAGAAAGUGGCGUUCUUGGUCGAGCUGCCAAAGAACUCGACGGGAAAGAUUCUGAAAAAUGAACUGAGGGCUGAAGCAAAGCACCUUGUUGUCUCCGAGAAUCGUUCAAACGAAUCCAGCCCAGACCAUUCUCAAGUACGGGUUCCCCGGUAUGGCGACCAGAUUCUGCAGGCCUUGUCCCGCCUCUGAAAAAUUUAAGAAAUUCCCAAUAAAUUAAAGCUGUACAGUGUUCUUAAUUGCUAAUAUGAUCUGUAUAUUAUGGUUUUAAGUUAAUGGGGGGAGACUUUCCGAGAUAUCUUGAAAGAGCACAUAUAAGUAACAAGAACUGUAGUAUUGAUUUCCAGUUUAUUUUUCUACCAAGUUUUUAUUCUCUUAUUUAAACCAAGACCUCGAGAGUUUAAAAAAAAAUACAUGAAAUAAACUAGAUCUAUAUUAUUUCUC